AUGGCGCACACCUACGAAGUUGGGACAAGGGCCUGGCAACCCGACCCAACAGAGGGAUGGGUUGCAUCCGAGGUCAAGGACAAGCUGGUAGAUGGCGAGAAAGUUCAGCUGGUAUUUGAGUUGGAGAAUGGCGAGACCAAAACGGUUGAGACCACGCAGUCCGAAUUGCAGGUUGACAACAACUCAAAUCUGCCACCGUUGAUGAAUCCGGCCAUGCUGGAAGCGAGUGAAGACUUGACCAAUUUGUCUCACUUGAAUGAGCCCGCUGUCCUGCAGGCUAUAAAACUUCGUUACGCCCAGAAAGAAAUAUAUACCUACAGUGGAAUUGUCUUGAUCGCUACCAAUCCUUUCGCCCGAGUGGACUCACUUUAUGUCCCUCAGAUGGUCCAGGUGUAUGCUGGUAAACAGCGCGCCUCACAGGCACCUCACUUGUUUGCCAUUGCAGAGGAGGCUUUUGCUGACAUGCUUCGUGAUGGAAAGAAUCAGACAAUCGUGGUCUCCGGUGAAUCAGGUGCUGGUAAAACAGUUAGUGCCAAAUAUAUCAUGCGGUACUUUGCGACUCGCGAGUCUUCCGACCAGCCUGGAAAGUACACCACAAGUCGAGCCGAUGCAAUUAGUGAAACGGAGGAGCAAAUUCUGGCGACCAACCCCGUUAUGGAAGCAUUUGGUAACGCCAAAACCACCCGCAAUGACAACUCUUCCCGAUUCGGUAAAUACAUCGAAAUUAUGUUUGAUGAGCGAACAAACAUUAUCGGUGCAAAGAUCCGUACCUAUCUGCUGGAGAGAUCGAGACUUGUCUUCCAACCCCUAAAGGAACGCAACUACCACAUCUUCUAUCAGCUUGUGGCCGGUGCCACCGACGAGGAAAGACAGGAGCUAGGUAUCUUGCCAGUGGAAGAGUUCGAAUACCUCAACCAGGGAGGUACACCAAUUAUCGACGGUGUCGAUGAUAAAGCUGAAUUCGACGCAACAAGAAAGUCCUUGGCCACAAUCGGCGUAUCGACACAAUUCCAGACUGAAAUUUUCCGUAUCCUGGCAGCUUUGUUGCACCUUGGUAAUGUGAAGAUCACUGCCACUCGCACCGAAUCCUCUCUCUCCUCAUCUGAACCAUCCCUUGUGCGCGCCUGUGAGAUGCUCGGGAUUGAUGUUAAUGAAUUUGCCAAAUGGAUUGUUAAGAAGCAGCUGAUCACAAGAGGGGAAAAGAUCACCUCAAAUUUAACACAGCAACAAGCCCUGGUGGUUCGAGACUCGGUGGCGAAGUUCAUAUAUUCCAGCCUUUUUGAUUGGCUCGUGGAUAAGAUUAACAGGGGCCUAGCAACCGACGAAGUUAUUGAGAGGGUGCAGACUUUCAUAGGUGUGCUGGAUAUCUACGGAUUUGAACACUUUGCAAAGAACUCCUUCGAACAGUUCUGUAUCAACUACGCGAACGAGAAACUACAACAGGAGUUUAAUCAACAUGUGUUCAAGCUUGAGCAGGAGGAAUAUGUCCGAGAAGAGAUCGACUGGACCUUCAUUGAUUUCUCCGACAACCAGCCUUGUAUCGACUUGAUUGAGGCAAAACUUGGAAUCUUAUCCCUAUUGGACGAGGAGUCGCGGCUUCCCAUGGGAUCUGAUGAACAAUUCGUCACUAAACUCCACCAUAACUUUGCUGCUGAUAAGCAGAAAUUCUACAAGAAGCCCCGCUUUGGAAAGUCCGCUUUCACCGUUUGUCAUUAUGCUAUCGACGUUACCUACGAGUCCGAUGGAUUUAUCGAAAAGAACCGUGAUACGGUACCGGAUGAGCAUUUAGAGGUGCUGCGCAAUUCAUCGAAUUUCUUCAUCAAAGAGAUCUUGGACACCGCAGCUACAGUUCGAGAGAAAGACUCGGCAGCUCUCACAUCUAAGCCUGUCGCUGCGGCCCCGGGGCGUCGGAUUGGCGUGGCGGUGAAUCGUAAGCCAACGCUUGGAGGAAUCUUUAAAUCUUCUUUGAUUGAGCUGAUGCACACCAUCAACUCCACCGAUGUGCACUACAUUCGCUGCAUCAAACCCAACGAAGCUAAGGAAGCUUGGAAAUUCGAGGGCCCCAUGGUUCUCAGUCAGCUGAGAGCCUGUGGUGUAUUGGAAACUGUCAGAAUUAGCACAGCUGGUUAUCCGACUCGUUGGACCUACGAAGAGUUCGCUAUUCGUUAUUACAUGCUUUGUCACUCCUCCCAGUGGACAUCCGAGAUCCGGGAUAUGUGCCAUGCCAUCUUAAGGAAGGCCCUGGGUGAUGCGAAACAGGACAAGUACCAGCUGGGAUUGACCAAGAUCUUUUUCAGGGCAGGCAUGCUUGCUUUUCUCGAGAAUCUGCGCACAUCCCGAUUAAACGAGUGUGCUAUUAUGAUCCAGAAGAACUUACGCUGCAAGUAUUAUCGUCGCCGAUAUCUUGAGGCUCGGGAGUCUAUUCUCACCACUCAGGCUUUCAUCCGGGGUUUCUUGGCCCGGCAACAUGCACAGGAGAUUCGCCGGACUAAAGCUGCAACCACUAUUCAGAGAGUCUGGCGGGGCCAGAAGGAGAGGAAGCACUACAACGAAAUUCGGAGCAACUUUGUCUUAUUCCAGUCUGUUACCAAGGGAUUCCUCUGUCGGCGAAACAUCAUGGACUCGAUUCACGGCAACGCUGCGAAGGUCAUUCAACGUGCUUUCCGCUCUUGGCGCCAAUUGCGAGGUUGGCGGCAAUAUCGCCAUAAGGUGGUCAUCAUCCAAAACCUUUGGCGAGGCAAGGAGGCUAGAAAGGUCUACAAGUCUUUGCGUGAGGAAUCAAGGGAUCUCAAACAAAUUUCGUACAAGUUGGAGAAUAAGGUGGUUGAGUUGACCCAAUACUUGGAGUCUCUGAAGCGUGAGAACAAGUCUCUUGUCUCCCAGCUAGAGAACUACGAGACCCAAUUGAAGUCGUGGCGAAGUAGACACAACACUUUGGAGGCUCGUGCCAAGGAGCUGCAGGCCGAGGCCAACCAGGCGGGUAUUACUGCGGCCCGUCUGGAGGCAGUGGAAGAAGAAAUGAACAAACUCCAGCAAAACCACUCUGAAGCCCAAGCUACCAUCAAGCGUCUUCAGGAAGAGGAGAGGGUAUCACGCGAAGCCCUUCGUGCAACCAAUGAGGAGUUGGAGCGUCUUAAGCUUCUCAAUGGCGACCAUGAGAAAGAAAAAUCAGCUCUCCGCCAACGUGUUUCGGAGCUCGAGGAGCAGUUGGAAGUUGCCAAGCGAACCGUGCCUGUCAAUGGCGUGAAUGGUGAGGUGCCAAAUGGCGCCGCUGCUCCCACCCCGGCCACCGGCUUGAUCAACCUCGUCUCCUCCAAGAAGCCCAAGCCCCAGCGACGCAGUGCUGGGGCAGAAAAGGUCGGCACCGAUCGUUUCAGCGGUGCAUUCAACCCAAGACCUGUCUCAAUGGCGAUUUCUGGACUUGGCGCCGCUCGCUCGAACGCCGCGACCUCGCCAGGACUGGACUCAGUAGAGGCGGAGCUUGAGCAACUUCUUUCCGAAGAGGAAGAUUUGAACGAUGAGGUCGCCAUGGGUUUGAUCCGCAACCUCAAAAUUCCUCUUCCGAGCUCAGCCCCACCACCAACCGAAAAGGAGGUCUUGUUCCCUGCUUACUUGAUCAAUCUUGUCACCUCGGAGAUGUGGAACAACGGCUUUGUCAAGGAGUCUGAGCGAUUUUUGGCCAAUGUCAUGCAAUCCAUUCAACAAGAAGUCAUGCAGCACGACGGAGACGAUGCAAUCAAUCCCGGUGCGUUCUGGUUGUCGAACGUCCAUGAAAUGUUGUCUUUUGUGUUCCUGGCCGAAGACUGGUAUGAGGCACAGAAGAGUGACAACUACGAGUAUGAUCGUUUGUUGGAGAUUGUAAAGCACGACCUGGAAAGUCUCGAGUUCAACAUCUACCACACUUGGAUGAAAGUGUUGAAAAAGAGACUGUAUAAGAUGAUUGUUCCGGCUAUCAUUGAAUCUCAGUCCCUUCCCGGCUUCGUGACCAGCGAAACCAAUCGGUUCCUCGGCAAGUUGCUGCCCUCGAAUAACAACCCAGCAUACAGCAUGGACAACCUCCUGAGUCUUCUAAAUGGCGCUUACAAGGCGAUGAAGGCUUUCUAUCUGGAAGACACCAUCAUCUUACAGACUGUCACGGAGCUUCUGCGUCUCGUAGGCGUGACUGCGUUUAACGACCUGCUCAUGCGACGUAACUUCCUAUCAUGGAAGCGUGGGCUCCAGAUCAACUACAAUAUCACCCGCAUUGAAGAAUGGUGUAAGAGUCAUGAUAUGCCGGAAGGAACACUGCAGCUUGAACACUUGAUGCAAGCGACCAAGCUUCUUCAGCUCAAGAAGGCGACUUUGAAUGACAUUGAGAUCAUUCAAGACAUCUGCUGGAUGCUAUCGCCGAAUCAAAUUCAAAAGCUUCUCAACCAGUAUCUUGUUGCCGACUACGAACAGCCCAUCAACGGCGAGAUCAUGAAAGCCGUCGCCUCCCGUGUUACGGAGAAGGGUGAUGUGCUCUUGCUGACUCCUGUUGAUAUGGAGGACAGUGGCCCUUAUGAGAUUGCCGAGCCACGAGUCAUCACGGCCUUGGAGACCUAUACUCCGUCAUGGCUCCAAACACCGCGACUGAAGCGAUUGGCUGAAAUUGUGUCGGCGCAGGCGGUGGCGCAACAGGAGAGGCUUGAGGGAGACAAUGGGGUAUUAGAGGAGUAG